CUCUUUAUCUCCUUUAAAAAUAUUUUCUCUUUCAUCAAUCCAACAAUCUUUCACAAAAUAUUUCGCCGGAAAAUUGCAUCCGAAGGGACCGUCACUGUGUCCGGUCGUCGAUUAUUUUCCGAUGAAUCUCCGAUGGGCAUCGAAUUAGUAAGCACCUCGAUUUUUCGCCAUUUUCGUGCUUUCUAUCACGAUUCGCUUUGUUAGGGUUUUGAAGAAUUGAAAAAAUUGGGGGGAAAGGGGGAAGUUUCAGAGCUAGGGUUUUGCAUUGGAUUGGUGAACCUGUGGUUAUUGUUGUUGUUGUUACAGAAGGGAAGAUUUGAGAUAUUAAUUGUUUUUAAUAGUAAUAUUUUUGGGGAGUUAAGAAAAAAAAAUUGAUUUUUGAUAGGUUGUGGGGUUGAAAAGGAUAAUGUGUAUACUGUGUUCCAUCCAAAAGUGGUCGCGAAGAGUUGCAACCAUGUUACCUUGGUUAGUGAUUCCAUUGAUUGGUUUAUGGGCAUUAUCACAGUUAUUUCCACCUGCAUUUAGGUUUGAAAUCACAUCACCAAGGUUAGCAUGUGUGAUUGUGCUUGUGGUUACUCUUGGCUGGUAUGAGGUUUUGAUGCCUAAGUUGUCUGCUUGGCGGGCAAGGAGAAAUGCUAGGUUUAGGGAAAGGAAGAGGUUUGAGGCUAUUGAAAUGCAGAAAUUGAGGAAGACGGCAACGAGGAGGUGUAGGAAUUGUUUGACUCCGUAUAGGGAUCAGAAUCCUGGUGCUGGCAAGUUCAUGUGUUCAUAUUGUGGGCAUAUUUCUAAGAGACCCAUUUUAGACUUGCCUGUGCCGCCAGGGUUGGGGCUUUCAAAUUCAGGGAUUUUGAAAGAUUUGGUUGGGAAAGGUGGGAAGAUGUUAAAUGGUGGAAAGGUUUGGUCGGACAACAGGUGGAUGUGUGGGGGGCAGGAUUGGUUAGAGAAUGGGAAUUGGGUUGGUGGUGGUGGUUUUUUUUUUAGCAAGUCGGAUUCUUGGAGAAACAACGGCGGCGGUGGAUUCUUUGGGGUGGAGCACUGUUUAGCAGAGAAGUCAUAUUCUCGUGUUUUUACUUUUGCCUGCAAGGCACUGACUGCUUUUUUCUUAAGUAUCAUGUGGCUCUGUAGAAAGGUUUUUAGGAUUAGUUCCUCUAGAGGUGAUGCUUCAGUGGACGCAGAACGGAGGGCAAUGAUGGAUAAGAGAGGUGAUAAUGGGGGAAAUUGUCAGGAGAGUAGAGGGGAGAAAACUAGGAGGAAAGCUGAGGAGAAGAGGUUGGCUAGGUUGGAGAAAGAGCUAGCGGAGGAGGAGGAGCGAAAGCAAAGAGAGGAGGUCGCUAGGCUGGUGGAAGAACGUAGGAGAUUGCGGGAUGAAAAAAUGGAGGCAGAGAAAGAGUGGGGGAAGGGGUCUCCCUCUGCUAAAGUACGGGACAGUAAAAAGGAAGCCGAAAAGAAGCGGCAAGAGAAGAAGAAAGAUAGGGACAGGGGAUCUAGCAAAAGCAACUCAGAUGCGGAAGAGCUGGAUAAAAGACAAGGCAAGGAGAGUGCGAGGAAUAAGCGAAGUGAUGGUGAUAGAAGGCAGCAACAAAAAAAUGGGCUUGAAAGUAUUAAGACACAUAAUGUAGAAGUUGUACACGGUUUUAAGGGUGUUUCUUCUAGCAAUACUAACCAUGGAAAUGUUGGUACUCGGUACUUGGAUCGUAUGAAGGGCACUUUCUUAUCAUCUUCUAGAGCAUUUAGUGGAGGUGGUUUUUUUGGCAAGAGUAAUACUACUCCUGUUCCAAGAGAGCAGAAAUCUAAUACUUCAGUAGACCCUGUUCAUUAUGCCUGUAGGAGGGAACUAUUUCAGCCAGAUCGGGUACCUGGAAAGCUGAAUCCAAUUGGAGAUGACAGGAGUAUGAAUCGGCCUGUGCUUAUUGAACCUCAACCAUGUACAGUUCCUAAAAAAUCUUGGCAACAACUAUUCACUCGAUCAUCCACUGUUUCUUCCCCCUCUUCCAACGUAAUCAGCAGACCAAGUGUUAAGCCCCAAGCAGAAAUUGUGAGCCCUCCCUGUCAGCCUCCAGCUACUCAAACUUUUGACAACCCCAUUAGCUUUGGUCUCCCAUCGCCUUUCACUUUAACUUCUUUUCCUUGUGGACCCACAAGUUGUAGUACAACUGUUCCAUCAUCACCGGGAGCACGACAUUCUCAAAUUGGAGAAGGACCAGGUCAGUUAUUGGCAGAAGAGUUGGAGAAUUUUGAAGAUCCUUGUUAUGUUCCAGACCCUGUGUCAUUGCUUGGUCCAGUUUGUGAGUCCCUUGAUGACUUUCAACUGGAGGUGGACCUUGGCUUUGUGUCAGAUACAGGAAUUGACAACCCAGGUGUGGUAAGAAGUGUGAAGGCAUCUUCCGAACUGACCAGGCCUUCACCAAUUGAGUCUCCAAUAUCACGGAUGCGUGUUCCAGAGGAAAGGCAUGCUGGGUCUUUUCUUUUCAACAAUCCUAAUGCUCAGGACAUGCGCACUGUGCCAAUGAAUGUUUCAAAUAAUGCAAAUGAUACAGGAACAUGGCAGAUGUGGAAUAGCUCUCCGCUUGGUCAAGCUGGUCUAAGUUUGAUAGGUUCUCCAACCAACUGGUGUUUGAAUACAGAUUUGAAUACAUCAAACGUGCCUCCUGCACCUCCAAGGACAAUGGCGUCACUGUUUAAAAAUGAUGAACAACUCUCCGUCUGUCAUUCUUCCCAAACAGUUUAUACAGGAAGUUGCCAGAAUGGUGGGACACUGAGUACUGUUUUGCCUGGUAGUGCUGAAAGCAGGUAUCCAAAGGCUCCUUUUGGUACAUAUUCAGGAGGUGAAAGUCAAUUUUCUCUCAAGUUUGAGGAUGCUGCUCAAAGUGAAAUGAUGUAUGGGAGUCCUAAUGCUACUGCUACUAACCAUCCAUUUGCGUCGUCUCCGCCUAAUUGUUGGGCCAAAAAGGACUGGACUCCGCAGCAUUUGGGUGAAGCUUUUGGCAGCUCACCGAUGGCUAGGUCCUCUGUUGGUGGCUUAUAUUCCACACCAAAUGUACAGUCUUUUUGGUCUACUGAAUAAAAAAAAAAAAGAAAGAAAAAGGAAAAAAUGGGAUAGAGUACAAGGGACUUGAACACACCCUCCUGUUACUGAGGAGGAAAGUACCCUCUUUUUUGGGAGGACAGUUUAGAAUGCUACACUCAUUGUAUCUUCUUUUCUUUAAAAAGGAAGAGUUACAUUAGAUGAUAGCGAUAUAUGUUUCCACUUAUGCGCUUCUAAUCAGGUAAAAAUCAAUUAUGAUACGGCUGAGUACAUCUCUUUUGAUCUUUUUGACAGAGGGGCAAUCACGGAUAUAGAUGAAUAGAGCUGUUUCCACUUACAUGUUACAUAGUUUUGGAUACAACUCAAAUAGAUGUCCUAUUAAGGCAUAGACAGUACUUCCAUUUAUACUGCAUAUCUCUGUAAGGUUCAGCGAUGUUUUUGAAGGACUAAGCAGUGAAGGAAGCCUUUUAUUAUU